CAGCAGCUGAGCCCCCCUGUUAGGCGGAGUUAGUGUCUCGGGGAGGCGGGUGUAACGAGCCGCUCUGCGCGCUCACUGGCUGCUCCUGCUUUAAUGUGUGAGAGCCCGUUCAGAGGUCGGACUUGUCGGGACCGAACACCGGUCAGUACACGACUGAAGCUCAGCGUGCGGACUCACAGCUGCACCGGAGAACCAGGAAAAGCACAACACCGGAGAAGUCCAGAGGAGUCUUUACGCUCGGAUGUUGAGAGAUGGAAUGCAUUGAAAGGACUCAGACCGUGUGAAAGUUUGCGUUUCGGACAUGGAGACACACAUUCAGAGACAUUUCAUCAUCAGAGUGAAGUCGAGCAUCAUUCUCGCCUGGGUUUGAGGUGCAGCGGAGGAUGACACCUGCACCCCGCCUGGCGAGGACCGACGCGUUCUUCCACAUUUGGCAUCUUUGAAGAAGAGGAGGGAGACUUUCUGCCUCUGACACAUCAACACCCAGACUUAUCUGCGGCUGCAGGAACGGCGCAUUUAUUGCGCUCCUUUAUAUCUUUGCAAGCAUCGCGGACUGCGGCAGCAGAAACAACUGUCUGGCACACACAGGUCAUGUCUCUGCAGCCACAGUCAUUUAAGCUGUGUCUACUGUUCAGCUCACCUUGACAUGUCUGCACCACCCGCCUCUUCAUGCCGUUUCCCCGUCGAGAGUUCACAGCCGCUGGAUUUUAAGAAAUAAAAGAGAGCUUUGCCUCAAACGCGUCCGCUCUCUACAACAGCAGCAAGGCAGUAUAAUCUCCGGAGCACUGACUCACCAUGGGCACUGUGCUGUCGCUGUCUCCUGGUUCUCGGAAAUCAGGCUACUAUGACAACCGGCCGGGCUCGCUCAGUCACUACCCGAGCCUCAGCAGCCGCUCUCUUAACAGCCAGAAAGACCGCGGGCUGAAGAGGGGCCAGUCCAUCUUCCUCCCGGCGCUCACGUGGAAGCGACUUGUGGCCUCUACAAAGAAGAAGGGCAACUCCAAGAAAGGCUCCGGUGGUCCUGUGGCCCUCGGGGAUCCUCUCAACAACAACAGCAUCAAUAUCUACCAAAAGGAUCCAGUGUUGCACCUCAACCGUGAGAAUGUGAAGAAGUCGCUGUCUUGUGCCAACCUGUCCAGCUACGAGGGCCCAGCAGGACUGGGUCUGGGGCUUGGCUAUGGCCUGGGAUUGGGCCAGGGUCACGGGUGUAGCUACAGCAAGUCCCAACAGCUUUCCUCUGUGAAGAAAGUUCCCCAAGGGACAGUGACCUCGUCCCCAAAGCGUGUCAUCGUCCAGGCCUCCACCAGCGAGCUCCUGCGCUGCCUCGGGGAGUUCCUGUGCUGUCGCUGCUACCGCCUGAAGCAUCUAUCUCCAGCUGACCCGGUGCUGUGGCUGCGGGCCGUGGACCGCUCGCUGCUGCUGCAAGGCUGGCAGGACCAGGCCUUUGUCACGCCGGCCAACGUGGUCUUCGUCUACAUGCUGUGCCGAGACGUCGUGGACGGCGACCUGGUGGCGUCGGAGCACGAGCUGCAGGCCAUUCUGCUCACCUGCCUUUACCUGUCCUACUCCUACAUGGGCAACGAGAUCUCAUACCCGCUCAAGCCCUUCCUGGUUGAGGCAGGUAAGGAGGCCUUCUGGGACCGGUGCCUCGCCAUCAUCGAUGCCACCAGCUCCAAGAUGCUGCGCAUCAACGCAGACCCGCACUUUUUCACACAAGUUUUUGCUGAACUCAAGAGCGAAGGUGGCUGCGGCCCCCAGGAUUACAGUCGAGUGCUGGAUCGGUGAGAGGACCCGUCCUUGCUGACCGCAUGCCUUUUUUGUACACUUCAUGCACAUGUAUACUUGCACACAGACACACACAUUUGUCUCAUACAGAUUCCUCUCCCCGUUCUCAUCUCCUGUUGCCUUGCAGGAGCCACGAAGGCCUGUCCUGACAGAGUCACGUAGACAUAUUUGAUCAUUCCAUCUGUGUUUGUUGCCAUCGUCCUGUUCCAUCCACAGAUAGAAAUAAGGAAUUUUACCCCCUCCCAGAUAAUUGGCUAACAGAGGCUCAUAGUUGUGUUUCUUCUCCUGGAAUAUCCACCUGAGUUUACUUGAAUUGAGGAACCAUUUGGUCCACCUGUCCCAUCUGUGUCGUCCCAGCUGCCUCUUCUGGAUCCCAGCAUCCCUCGGCCGUCCUUACCUGAAUGUAAAUCAAGAAGACGAAGACGCCAUCGUCACUCACAGAUUCAGAUUUUCACUGGUUAUAUUAAAACGUCUGAGCGGAUCCACGGAAGAAUAAAACCUGGCACAGACAGCAUAAUCCACCUAGAGGCCAAGUUUUAUUUUCCCGGACAAUGCAAGGAGACAUCCUGACAUCCGCUGCUGGAGAAGUGACUCAGACUGAUGGGAACAGCUGAGAGGUCUGUGUAAGGGCCCGCUGGUCCUGCUGUGCGCUGUGUAAUCACUAAAGCAAAACGAACAGGCAGUGUUUUGUGGAGCCUUUUGAGGGUCGUCUAGCCUGAGGGGACAGUUGCUUUUUAUUGAAUUUUUUUUUUUUAAACCUUUGCCUCUGUCUUUAUCUCAUCUCGGGAGAUGUUUUCAGGUUGGAAGCAGGACACGGAUUUAAGAUUGACGUGUUUUGUGCGAGCGUUGAGCGGCGUAUGCGAGGCUAUGUGUGUGUGUGUGUGCAGGCAUUGUGCAGCCACGGUCAUCAGCUGUUUACUCCAUCCUUUUGUUCCCUGCGUCUUGUUGACAGAGCACCCACAGCCGUGGUAUUAAUGAGAUUAGCAGAUUACUUGCAGCCCCUCCUCUCCCUCAACCUCUGCCCCCUUCUUGUCCACUCGGCAACCCUGCAGAGCUUCAGUGGCUAAUCCAGGCCAGGCUGGACUGGGCCAUGUACACAUGUACACAAAUACACACACACACUUAAAUACCUAGCGCUUUAUUUUCCUCUGUGCAUGAAUGCAACGCUGUGUGACACAGAGUCCGACCCAGAAGCAGGAAAGCUUUCUUAGAGAUAUCCAGACAAGAAAAGGGUGAAGGGGUUCGUUGUUGUUGUCCCCGCUGUCCAUCGAGAUGCUCCUGUCUCCUGCUAUAUUAUUCCUUUGAAUGAACCAUUGGCAUUUGUACCUCAGUCUCCUUUUCCAGCGUGUUUUAAUGUGCAUUGCCACGUGUCAGAGGUGGUCGCAGAUGACCCCAAGAUUGGUCGUUAUUGCACUGAAAUUUAUAGAUGUUUUUGUAGAAGUAGAUCGUAAAUAUCCACAGAUGGAUUUUAUCUCCUUGGCUUCUGCAAGUUGUUCAGAUUUGUGCUGCAAAGUCUGAAGUUUACAGCUCAUGUUUCAACGCUGAUAGCUCAGGAAGAAAGUAGUUAGACAAGUGGGGGUGGGAAAGGCACAAAUUAAUUGUGAAUUGUGCGUCAGAGUGGCUUAAAAACACAAUGGGCUUUUUUUUUAUCCGUUUCUUUAAUCAAACUCGAUAAAUUUAAUGAUUUAGGGGAUUAAAAACAAAAAUAGUGAAGCCUAGCUGUGUUUUUAGGACAGGUGGAGCCUCAAAUGUGUCUUGACCCAGACACUGGGAACUGAAAACUUGACUUCCGCCAAGAUGCGUUUCCCACAAUAGCCUUAAUCUCAUUGUGUCCAGACAUCUGGAGGUUUAGGUGCUCCACUUCCCUUCCCUCAUGGGGCUGUCGCUCUUGCACACUGUGACACAGUUGCAUACUCACCCACGAGGUUAUACGCUAAACAAUCUGCCCUGUAAGGUCCGACCUUUACAACACAUGUGCAAACAAACACAGUCACGUUCACGUCCCCUUCCUUGGGUAAUCCAGUCCUAAUCCUCCCCGACCCAAUCAAACAGAGAGACGGAGCGAGGGAUGAAAACAUGAGGAAAUAAGUAAACGGUUCAGAAUCCGAUGAGAUUUGGUGUCACACUUCCCCGUACAGUUUUUGGCACUCGGCUCAGCCUUUCAAAAUCCGGCUCUAACAAACUCGGGGCCUCAGAGACCCCGAAGCUCAACCGUGCUGCCUGUUCCAGCUCAGCCCGCCUCAGUCAACCAGAGAGGAGUGACGGCAGUGAGUCACGCUCAGAGAGACACCGCUGUCUCUUUUCUUUUUUUAAAGCUUUGACUGGCAGCCAUUUUGGGCUCGUCGUUGCGGUCAGUGCAUCUCUCUCUCUCUCUGGUCCGGCUCCGGCUUUGACAAGGACACUUGUGUCUUGACUUAACCCCCCUUCCUCCAACCCCAUUUCCACACACACACACACUCAGCUGUUGUUCCCUGCCUGUUUCAUUAGAUUUGACACCCCACACCCGCCAGCCAUUGUCAGGACGAGGAAGGGCAGAAUGGGCCUGUUUGUUGGCAUCGGGUUGGUUGUGUUUGUGCGUGAAUGUGGGUCAAAGUUAACAGCAACAUCUGCUUCCACCAUCCAUCUCCUGUAAGACCUAAAUGUUAAUUAAAUCAAAAGAUAGAGUACAGCAUGUUUACGCAGUGCCGCUGUUAUCUAACCCCUUCGUUUGAUGAGAAACUAUUUCUCACGCUCGUUAACGGCACAGAGGAACCCGUGUUGACGCAAUUUGUCAAAUGCGACGACCAAAAAGGCAACUGUCCCUUCUUUCAGUACCUCUGUCCAAUCAGUCGCUCAGCUGGAUCACGUAGCUGUUCCUCCAGAGCCGAGCGCGGCUUCCAGGCCAAGUAACUCGCAUCUCAACUGGCGCUCUAAUUCUGUCCAUCGAAUCAAAAAAUCGGCACGAGUCCCGGGAACUCUUUGACUGAUAGCAAACAGACACACGAUGCCUGUGACAUCUACUCUGGAUAAUUUAUGACUCUUCUUACGUAGAAACUGAUAAAAACUGGAUAUUUAAAACAAGAUUAAAGCAGGACGUUUUAGUGCAAACUGGACCUUUCUCUGUGGACGGGACCUUCAUCUUGGACUCUCUGACAACCCAGAGACGACAGAAUAUUUCAGAUGGGCCUUACACUGGCUCUGUUUUGGAGACUUUUGGGUUUGUGUUAACAAUGUGAUCAAAGAUUUAACGGAUAAGUCUGGUGUUAUUCUGUAUUUUUCUUAUUGUCAACAAGUUCUCAAACUUCUCUACUUCUUAUUUUUCCUCACUAAAGACAGAAAUCUUUAAAAACACAUCAUAAAAGUGUCCUAAAAAAAAGGUGGGCACUGUAGCUUUUCACAAAUGUUACUCAAACAGGAGUGAGAAGUGCAUUUGUUGGGGACUAUUUUCAGCUGCGGAUGAAUACACAUUUGGUGCCCUGAGCAUUUUCAACAGCAGAAUAAUGUUUGUGGAGUUCACUAAAGAAAAAAACUAUGUUCAAGUGUCAUCCAGUGCAACAUCGAGUGUUUUUAAUAGUUUACAGAGGAAGACGCUUGUACGUUAUUUUUGUCGACAUUAAGAAAAACACAGCGCAUCACGAGACUUUUCCUUUAGUCACCACAGCUCUAUGAGUUGUGUUAAGUUAUGUCAGUAUGCUGCUGCUGCUGCCGUUGUUGUAGGUUGGUGUGAAGUUUCAAUGGCACACCUUAGACUGAUGAUGUAAAUACACGGGAGUGUUAAGAGCGAAGAGGAAAAAAAAAAAAGACGAAAAUUAACAAAAAAGAAAUAGUCUUGCUGUGUAGUAGCAUGCAUGCCAGCCAGGUAGUUUUAGAGAUGUUUCUUUUUUUUUACCUCUGCUUUUUUUGUUUUGGUUUUUAUAUGUGAUGUUUUGAAGAUUAUUUCUUUGGUAACUUAAAACUGGAUCUCGUUUGAGUGUUCCUCUAUCGGAAACAUGAUGUCAACAGUAUUAAAGUCUCUUACGACUAUCAUCGUUAUGGUGGUGCGUUCAUGUUUAGACUCGAUAGAUACAACAAAAAAAAAAAAAAAUCCUGAAAUAGCAAAGCAUGUGAACUCAUAUGAGCUAUGACAGAAUUAUAACUUAACAUACUUUAUUUUAAAAACUCAGCCUCGGUCUUAUUACGGCCUCAUACCAAGACUUUGUUUGUCAAUUUGCUGAUUUAGAUCGUGGUCAACCAGAAUCUCCCUUCAUGUUCACAUUACGAUUAUACAUAUAGAAAUGAUCAAGUCGGUGGCUAUCAAUAGCUUUUCUCAUCAAUGCACCAGCUGGUGACACAAAGGAAGACAUUGUACACGUAGCGUUUGUCGCCGGCCUGCUCCGGCUCAGCCUCUGAUGGUUCAACACCGGACAUAUGUUAAUACAGAGAUAAAUAUAUAACUGUCUGGUGUCCAUCUCCUCCUUCACCCCCCCUGAGUUACCAUAGUUACCUUCCUCAGCCAUCGUUGUAACUGUCACGCCAAAACGAAGCAGCACAUCACCCCCCCACCCACCCACCCGAGUGACUUUUGUGAAGCCACUGAAAUGUGUGUGCGAGCUAAAUGUGAAAAACUAUUGAUGGGGAAAACUUGAAGAAAAAAAACAAAAUGUGACUGUUUAAUUUUUUGCAUCUUUUUGUUUGUUUGGUUUUCCUUUUUCAUGACGACGAUGACGUUUACUAUGUUGAUUAUUUAAUAAAGUAUUGAGCUGAAAUCCA